AUGUGGCUGCUCAGCACCGACCGCGCAGAGCUCCACUUCUUCUCCGCACCAGGUGCUGUAAUCGGCGGCUACGCCAUCCUUUCGCAUACAUGGGAAGACCAAGGGGAGCAAACGUACCAGCAGAUCCGCAAGCUAGAGGAGCACUGCAAAGUCACAAAUCAGAUCCCACGCAACCUCGUCUCCCCCAAGAUCCGACACACCUGUCUCCUCGCCGAAAGGCACGGCUUCAAAUGGGUCUGGAUCGACGCAUGCUGCAUCGACAAGACCAGCAGCACAGAGCUCUCAGAAGCGAUCAACUCCAUGUUCCGUUGGUACGCCGCAUCCGAAGUCUGCUUCGCCUACCUUGCCGACGUCCCCACCGACGACGCGCUCCACGCUCCCGGCUCGGCGUUCAGGAAGGCCCGUUGGCACACGCGUGGAUGGACGCUGCAGGAGCUCAUCGCCCCCCUCUUUCUUCUCUUCGUCUCACAAGACUGGCAGGUCAUCGGCAACAAAAUCGAGCUUGCCGGCCUCCUGGCUGAUAUCACGGGCGUACGGGAGGAAGCACUCAAGAACGAGUCGUCGUACUCCACUGAAUCUGUCGCCACCCGCAUGGCGUGGGCCGCCAACCGUCGGACGACACGCAUCGAGGACGAGGCGUACUGUCUCAUGGGUCUCUUCCAUGUCAACAUGCCGACCAUUUACGGCGAGGGCAAGCACGCGUUCCAGCGGCUUCAGCAAGAGAUCAUUCGCCAGUCCUUCGACACUAGCCUCUUCGCAUGGGGACGAUGGUUUUCGUACACCUACGGAGCAAAACCUAUGACAAGGCAGAGAACUUACAACGUGUUCUACGCACCCUCACUUGAUCACUUCUUCUUGCUCGCUCAGUCCGUGUCUGCUUUCAGUGACUCACGGAAUAUACGCUACUCCCCGAAUACGUUGUACUGCAUCCAGCCCUAUCUUCCGUGGCAGUGGAAACCAGAAAAUAAUGAGCCCGCCGACAGCGAGAAACGGACGCUCGGCCCCUUCGGGCGCCUCGAGCUGCCGAAGUUCCACAAAACAAACUACGGAAUGAAAUGCCGCUUCCCUGUCUUCGAAGUCCAAGGAAUCACCGUCGCAAUACUCAUGGCGGACGAUAACCAGGAGCACUUCGGACUCUUAUUGCAUCCGACUAACGACAACCUCACAGACCCCUCCUCUGUCUGCUACAGCGUUGGCUGGGGCUUCGAUAUGCCAGACGGCGGGGUCAGCUUCGUGCGCCGGGUCCGGUUGGGAAAAAGCUGGUACAACCUCUCAUUCCUCGGGGAGCCCGUCAAACCUGAAUGGCGCGACAUCUACAUCGCCGAUUCGUUCCCCGAGUACCGCAAGGUGGACCGCGUCGCGCUCUGCUACCCGCUGCACAACAUUCUUCCCGCGCCGCCCUUCCGGUUUCCGCACUGGCUGAUCGACCGCCUGCUCGUCCUCGGGCUCGGCACCAACGCCACCCCGCUCAUCAAGAGCUCCCCGAAGGACGGCCCCGGCACACCGCUCCUCGCGUCGAUGUACUUCGAGGACGUCGCCCAGAGGGAGUGUAUCCUCUUCCACUUCGGCACCUGCUCCGCCCCCUCCCCUGACCGUGACGGGCCGUCCGACGGCGCAGCGGACGCCGAGCCCGUGCACUGGGCGACGACGUUCUUGCGGACGCCGUCCGUGUGGCACGUGGACUCGCCGCUGGGCGAGCACGACUGCGCGACGGACCACGUGCGGGACUGGCCCGGGUGGGCGCGCGAGUUCGUGGACGAGGAUGGGGCGCGCAUCGUCCGCCUCGCGUUCACGCGCUCGACGCUCGCCCCGGUGAUCACUAGGGUGUUCCACCUCGAGCUCGCGGGACGGCGGUACGAGGAGAUGAUGGCGUCGCGGAACGUGUGGUUCCCGCCGAGGGCGCAGUCGGAUGUGGACGUGAUUCUCGCCGAGCAGGGCGCGGCAGUGGCGGGGGGGAGCAAGCGCGGGGAGAGAUAG